AUGGGUGUUAUUCAGAUCAAGACUCCUGAGGAGUACAAGACCAAGGUCACAGACGCCCAAGGCCCCGUCAUCGUCGACUUCUUCGCCACAUGGUGCGGUCCCUGCAAGGCCGUCUCCCCCCUUUUGGAGAAGCUGAGCGACGCCAACACCAACGUCGAGUUCUACAAGGUUGACGUCGAUGAGCUUGCUACCGUUGCCGCUGACAACGGUGUCUCUGCCAUGCCUACUUUCCACUUCUACAACAAGGGCGAGCGUAUUCAGGAAGUCAAGGGUGCUAACCCUCCCGCUAUCCAGGCUGGUUUGCAGGCUGUUCUUGCUUAG